AACAAAUUGCGGACUCAGUUGUGUAAUCGUAUCGAAACAUGUACCGUUUAAAAAGUAACAGACAAACGGUGUCGUUUAAUGCCCAAUUUCUCCAAAUCGGACGGUUCAAAACGCACGAUACGUUUCUCGUAACCGUAGACACCUAAAACACUCGAUCAUUCCUCGUGCUUGCAGAAAAAGUAACUACAAUUCGAACCUAUUGGAAGCUUCAUUUCACUAAUUUCCACAAUUUUCCUGUACUAAUUUUCCACAAUUUUCCUGUACUAUUGAACCAUUGAUCGAUUAAUAUUGUAAAUGUGUAUGAACAAAUGAUGAUGAUGAAGAUGAUGAAGUUACGGAGCGGUUUAUCGACGGCGAGAAUGUCGAUUUUCCGACGUUUUGUGACGUCACCACCGGCGAAAUUUCAUGCGAUGCGGUUUGGUGAUGUUUCGCGCGGUUUAGCGGCGGAGGAUCUGGUUUUUGAUGAGGAAUCUGCUCCGGCAACCGCUGUGAAGGCUGAUAUGUUGCCGACGCUUCUUCAGCCGCGAGUUGUGGUAUACGACGGCGUUUGUCGUCUCUGUCACGGAGGGGUGAAAUUUGUGAUUAAUGCAGACAAAGAUAAGAGAAUCAAGUUUUGCUGUCUUCAAUCCAAGGCUGCUGAACCAUACAUGAGGAUAUGUGGUGUGGAUCGUGAGGAUGUUCUUCGUCGCUUUUUGUUCAUUGAAGGACCCUAUGAAUACCAUCAAGGAUCUACUGCUGCUUUGAAAGUGCUAUCUUACUUGCCAUUGCCGUACUCUGUAUUGAGCACACUCAUGAUCAUACCAACUCCCAUACGAGAUCUUGCAUACGACUACAUUGCCAAAAGACGUUAUGACUGGUUUGGUAAAGAUACAAAUUGCUUAGUUUUGAAGGAGAAAGAAUUGCUUGAACGGUUCAUUGAUAGGGACGAAAUGGUCCAGAAAAAAUGGUCAGACGAGUAGUUAUCGGUGCAUCAAUCUGUUUUUAUAAGAGUACGAAAGCCCGCCGCUUUUGUGCGUCUCUCGCUUUUUAAAACCAAGAUGUAAGUUCAAAUUUUGAGCUUUAAUGACUACACGGUGUCAAGUCGGCUCGAUUACACCUCUAGGCCGUCAAGAUAUGGAAAAUGUAUGUUGGUCAACAAAGUCGUAAAGCAAAUCUCAAAUACCCCCCAAGACUAACAUGUCGGAACAAUUCUGAACUUACCUCUUGCAUUUCCUGAGCAUAUCUACCCGUCAUUUCUGUGAAUUGUGCAAGAACCUGCAAGUAUACAACAUCUAAUACAAAUGAAAACAACAUAUAACAUCCUAAAUUACAGACUAAUGAACCUAAUUACUAAAUUAACCAACCUCUUUAUAUUCAGAUUCAAACUUUGAGAGCUCCAACCGUUUUGACAAAAUUUGACCUUCAACAUCUCUUAGACUCUCCUUCUCUUCUACAAAAGAAGCUGUGCAGAUAACUUCUAUUGUGUAGC